CGUCAGACUGAAUGUGCUGCUGUGAAUCGCAUGGUUGUGCUGCAGGAGAGCGGUUCAGUUUUUAUUAUUAAUAAUAAUCAUUAUUCUCUAAUGGUUUAGAGUCUGAUACCUGCAAGCCGAGCAGCGCAGCUACCUGAACAGAUAUGAAUAUCACUCAUAUGCUCCGUAGCUGCAGAUCUGUUCGUUGCUUAUUAGAAACUAACCCUACAAGAAAGUUCUGCUCCACUCAAUUCAAUAUGACUUCAGCCAAACACAAGAAUGCUAGGAGGAUUGAAGGUCUGGAUAAGAACGUAUGGGUUGCCUUCACUUCAGUGGCAGCAGACCCUUCCAUCGUUAACCUCGGUCAGGGUUUCCCAGACAUCCCCCCUCCUUCUUAUGUAAAAGAGGGUCUUGCUCAGGCUGUAAUGGUGGACCGGCUGAACCAAUAUACACGAGGCUUCGGACACCCGACCCUGGUGAAGGCCCUGUCUCAGGUGUACGGUAAAGUUAACGGGCGUCAGAUCAACCCCCUCACAGAGAUCCUGGUGACAGUGGGAGCGUAUGGGUCCUUAUUCAGCACCAUGCAGGGGCUGGUGGAGGAGGGGGACGAGGUUAUAAUAAUUGAGCCUUUUUAUGACUGCUACGUUCCUAUGGUCAGGAUGGCAGGGGCCAAACCAGUGUUAAUACCACUUCGACUUAAGUCCGGUAAGAAGUCAGGCAUCACCAGUGCUGACUGGGUUCUGGACCAGGAUGAACUCGCCAGGAAAUUCAAUUCUAAGACGAAGGCCAUCAUUAUCAACACUCCUAACAACCCCAUCGGGAAAGUCUUCACCAGAACUGAGCUGCAGGCUAUUGCAGACCUUUGCAUCAAGCACGACACGCUGUGCUUCAGUGAUGAAGUGUAUGAAUGGCUGAUUUACAGGGGUCACAAACAUGUGAAGAUAGCAACACUUCCUGGCAUGUGGGACAGAACCAUCACUAUCGGCAGUGCUGGGAAAACCUUCAGUGUGACUGGCUGGAAGCUGGGCUGGUCGAUCGGGCCUGAACACCUGGUGAAACACCUGCAGACUGUGAUGCAGAACACCCUGUAUACCUGCCCGACCCCACUGCAGGAGGCAGUAGGGCAGGGGCUUCUGCGGGACUAUGAGCUGAUGGGGAAGCCGGAGUGCUAUUUCUCCUCAUUAGCUGAAGAGUUACAGAGCAAGAGAGACCGCAUGGCCACAAUCCUAACUCAGGCUGGCAUGAAUCCAGUCGUGCCUGAAGGAGGAUACUUCAUGCUUGCAGAUGUCUCUGCUCUCAAUCAGGAUGUUUCACACAUGACAGAGGAUGAGCCGUAUGACUACAAGUUCAUCAAGUGGAUGAUAAAGGAGAAGCAAAUCUGUCCCUUCCAGAAACUGGCGGCCAUUCCUGUGACGGCGUUCUGUGGGGAGGAAUCCAUAAAACACUUUGAGAAAUACAUCCGACUGUGUUUCAUCAAGCAAGACAGCACACUGGACGCUGCGGAGACCAUCCUGAAGAACUGGAGCAGAGCUUGAAGCUGGGCGAUGCUGGGUGAUGCUGAAGCACUGUCCUAAACUUUCCAGCAACCUUGACUAAAGUGACUAAAGUCUUUUAGCUAUAUUUCAUAAAUAAAAAUAUUACAUCAACUGUUAAGAAAUGUUUUACAGUCUUCCAUUUUUUUUAAAAGCUAGAAAAAGCUGCUAUUUGAAAAAUCUAAAGCCGUGUUUCUCACAUUUUUAAACCACUGUCCACCUAGAGCCUCAACUAAAAAUUAUUAUUAUACAACAGUUAGUUCCAACCCUGCAAUGUGAUUGGCUGAGAGGCGUUCUAUGAGUGCCGUUAUCAGCAGGUAAUGCACUUUAACCGAAGCCCUUCAUGUAUUACUCCACCACAUAGAGGUAACCUAGCAAUGAUACAGCGCUUACAAGCCAAACAGUGCUGCUACAAACAGAGCAGUAAUGGAACUAUGUUAACUAUUUUUAGCAGUUCUCACAGGGUUCUACUGUAGGGUUUACUGUGAAGGCUUACAUACAGUGUGUAAUGGGUUAAUCACUAAACAAAAUUACAGGUGAAAACUCAGAUAUAGAGUUUAGUCUUUAAUAUUUAAGAGCAUGCAGUACAUUUUAAUUUAAUCUAAAUUUAAACUGUGAUUCUCAAACUGUGGCAUGUGUACUGUUGUUUUUAUCACUUUAUUGUUUUCAACACAAUUACUUAAGUGCUCCUCCCUAGCUCUGAUGUCUUUAAUAUUAAUCUACAAUGUAGAGAAUACUUUUGGCUGGUACUAUAUUGUUCUAAUUCAGUUGUUUCAUUAAACACCUUUUUACCUCUGGCAGGAAUAAAGAACAUUGGUCUCAA